CUGCAAUAGCCAAGAAUGAUCAUCAGUGACAAAUUAAUGAUUUUACACACACACGCACUUCGCUAUUGGUACAUGUAAUCUCGUCAUUUUAUUUUAGAUGGAUUUGGUAACCAUGAUCAAUUAGUGGCCAUCAUCUGAAAUCAAAUCACAUACAGUCGUAACCGAAUUAGAUUCCCAAAAAGGUUAAGGACUUUCGUCAAAUUGAAAAACGGAUCAUCAUUGUGAUUCCGAUAAUAUCAAUCGUAUUCUGGAAAGACAAUACAUUCAUUAACCAUAAUGACAACAAACAACAGUGAUGGUGCGACAGAUACCGGAACGACCGGUGAACAAACCGGGCAUGAUCAACAUCUUCAAGUGCCAAGAAAACUACGUUCGGCGACAAUUUUAAGCUCGAAAGAAGUGACUUGUGGUAUUGGGACAUUUCGGCCCCAAUUUCUACAAAAUUUUGCCUCGGCCAAUUUUUUCGUCUUAAAUUUCUCCAUAUUGGCGAUAUUGCAAGGAGCAUUAUUCACUUACAUGGUCGGCAUCAUAUCCACCCUAGAAAAGCGUUAUGCUUUCGAAACAAAAAUUUCCGGUUUCAUUUUGAUUGCAGAUAAUCUAAGCCAAAUGGUUGUCUCUCCAAUUGUUGGCUAUUUAGGUUCAAAGUAUAAUCGAUCCCGUUUAAUUGCUUUGGGGGAAUUAGUUGUUGCAUUUUCCUGCUUCCUAAGUGCUGCCCCUUAUUUCAUCUACGGUACAGCUUCACAUCUUGGUUCGCAAGUUUUCAAUAAAACUUCAGUUACAAAUUCUGAAAUGUGUGGAGCUAAAGAUACUGCAUUCUGUGAACAUCAUGAAGGACAUUCGACUGUCAUAGUAGCCGUGGUCCUUUUAUGGUUCUCAUGUUUUUUCAAUGGAUUAGGAUAUACAGCAUUCUAUACGAUCGGAUUGCCACACAUUGAUGAUAAUAUUAAGAAAAAAAAUUCACCAGUUUAUUUGAGUAGUAUAUCUACUAUUCGAUUGCUUGGACCAGCUUUAGGAUUUAUAUUGUCAUCAAUUUGUCUGCAAUUUUAUGAAAAUCCAUUGUUGCCACCAUCAUUCAAUAAUCAUGAUCCUCGUUGGAUUGGAGCCUGGUGGAUCGGUUUUCUUAUUCUUGGCACACUCAUCCUACUAUUUACAUUUCCAAUGUUUUUAUUUCCAAAAUCAUUCGCCAAGGAAGAACUUAAUAAAAGUAAAACUUCCGAUACAGCAGACACUGAUAAUCGAGCAGACGAAGAUAAAGCUAAAGCGGUCAUCUCAUCAUCAUCUACCUCAGAGAACAUUUCCACUAUUCAAGAUGCUCGAAAAGCUUUUCUUCGAUUCUCCAAGAAUUCAUUGCUCAUCUGUCACAUGUGUAGUGGCGUAUUUCGUGUCAUUGGAUAUCUCGGGUAUUAUAUUGUCAAACCAAAAUACAUUGAGCUUCAAUAUAGACAAUCAGCAUCAAGUGCUUCGUUCUUCACUGGAGCUGCAUCUGUUUUGACCAUGGCUAUUGGAACGAUGGCCGGUGGUAUAAUCAUUCGACAAUUCCGUCCAAACGCACGUAGUAUAGCCGUUUUUGUCGUCUUAGUUGAACUGUUAUCAUCGUUGGCCAUUUUCAGUGGAAUGUUCCUACAAUGUCCCACGCCACACUUUUUUGGGCUAGAACAAUUGAAUCCAAGUUUAUCACAGAAUCCAUAUGGAUUGAAUCAACAUGAUUAUCGUUGCAAUCGGGACUGUGGAUGUACUGGAGAAGUAUAUCAACCGAUAUGUAUCAAGGACGGUGAUACAAAUUUUUUUUCGCCCUGUUUUGCCGGAUGUAAGUCAUCAUUUCAUUUGCCUGGUCAUGAAGUUGUGACAUUUCACAAUUGUAGCUGUGUACCUUCACCGCAAGUAACCACAUCCGGUCUUUGUCAAACUGAUUGUAAUCGUUUCCCCAUGUACAUCACCUUGAUUGCCUUGUCAAAUACAAUUGCAUCGACAGCUAGAACAGGUGAUACGCUCAUUACACUACGAUCAGUUGAUCCACAGGAUAAAAGUUUUGCUAUGGGCAUCAUGGGUACAGUAUUCGCUGUGUUUGCAUUUAUACCUUAUCCAUUGAUCUUUGGUACAAUUAUCGAUUCAACAUGUUUGAUAUGGGAAAAAUCCUGUGGAAAGACUGGAAAUUGUUGGUUAUAUGAUAUUGAUAAAUAUCGUAUCUACAUGCAUAUGAGUGCUUUUACAUUCUUGAUGAUCGGUGUUAUACUUGAAUGCGGUACUAUUUGCCUGGCUGGACGUAUUAAAAAUCUUUACGAUGAUAAUGAAGAUGAUGGCCAGCAAAUGAUCGAGUUGAAAUCGGCAGAACCACCACAACCUAUUGAACAGCCAUCACAGCCAACCAUUACAGUGACCAAUGUAGCUAAUGUGGAGAAUAGCGGUGGCACAAAAACGACAUAAUCGGCAUAAUUAG